AUGGACCGAGACACGGUCAACCCAUUGCCCACAGCUAAUGUCGCGUCUGAGCCCCCACGAACCCCUGAAGCUGUCCUGGGUGCUCUUGACGCGAAGAGGAAGCAAUUGGACCAAGCGAUUGAGGACUUCAAAGAGCAGAAGGAGAGGGAGUACCAGAAAUACGAGAGACAGCUUCGCCAGCAAGCCCAGAAUGACCACGACAGUGAAAAGGGGUCGAAGGAGCGGUUGGGACACAGCGGCGCCCACCCAUUGUCUACACCCGAACAACAAAGCAGACAUCGUAGGCAGAGUAGCAGUGAUCGUCGAUCCGCCAGGAAGGGACUGAGUGCUCGGCAGGCACUUGAUCAAGCAUUUCGUCAGAGCAAUGACUCUGUUGACAUCGCCAAAGGAGACCAAUACAGCAGAGAAUGGGAGGGUGUUUUCACACCAGAGUACCUGGCUCUCAUCGAUGGCGAUGGCCGUCAGCAGCCCGGAAGUUCUCAGAACACUGAAAGACCCGAUCGACCUCCAGAGCAGAGCACCCUAAAAGCCUCCUCAUUCGAGAAUAUACAUCCACCGCUCCUGCCUUCUUUCAUCACAACACCCAUCGAAGACCAGGCCGUCUCGUCCAGUGCACCUACCCAAUCACCUGUGAAGACACACCAUCGGUCCGACUCCGCGAAUUCUAAUAUAUCCAUCUCGAGUCUCCGUAGCAGCAUGAAAGAUCCAAAGAUGCCUAAAUCUCCUAAACGCGUCCUUUUCAGCAUCGCGGAUGGCGUCGUGUCACCAAGUACGAGCCCCGCCCAUAGUCGCAAAUUGAGUAGUGGUGGAGAUGACACAAUAGAAACUCCCGGAAGCGUUGGAAGCGUGCUUGCACUAGGAAAGCGAACGGGCAGGGACAAAAAGAAGAAGAAUCGGCGGAAGGAAAGAGGAGACAGCGACCGUGGCAGACGCAGUCAGGAUGAGGUGGAAGACAUCGGGCUUGGUCUCAAUGAGGAAAGAGGCUUCACAAAUUUUGGAGGUGGAUUGACUAAAUCAAUCGCUACAUUGCAAACCAAACAAACACCAGUCAACGGAAGCAUUGCUGCGCAAGCUUCUUCGAGCGAAGACUACGAGAAAAUUGAGAAGGCUGAAGAUGACGACCUUUUUGCUUUUGAUGAGGAUCUGACUUCUUCACCUUCAAGUAGAUCGGCACCUGAACAGGUAUUGACACAUGAUUUUUCAGACGAUGAAAAUGAUAGUCACACCAAAGACCCACUCACCGGCACAUCACCUCAUGCUGGCAGUUUGCCCAUUGAAAUUAAGUGGCCUGGGCGCAAAGAGAGUGGUGGUUGA